GUAAAGGUCAGAGGUCGGUAGUGCGUGCUGGCUGCGUUAAGAGGUUGUUGUCGUAGUGUCGUACUUGUUUUACUGUAAUAUUUCAGUCGUUAUAAACGAGAACACGGAAGUGUUACGGGCCUCGAAAUGGGAUUCAGCGUUUAAUACGUGGCUUGUUUGUUUAAAAAAUUAAAUCGGGUAGCGUUUCUGUGUGAUUUAGCCCGUAGUGUUUUGGAAGAGAAGCGAGCGGUGAAAAAUGGGCUCGUCGAAGAAGCACAAGGAAAAGGGCCGCGAGCGGGACGCCGAGGAGCGGCACCGGGAGCACAAGAAGCACCGGCACAAGGACCGCGACAAGGAGCGGGAGCGGGACAAGGAGAAGGAGAAGGACAAGGAGAAGGACAAGGAGCGGGAGAAGGAGCGGGACGCCGGGACCCGCGAGCGCGACAAGAGGAAGCGGUCCAGGUCGCGGGAGCGCGGCAGCCGCGGCGCUGAGAAGGACAAGCCGCCGGCGGAGAGCCGCGGCAAGAGCGAGCGGAGCGCCGCGGAGCCGCGCAUCAAGAAGGAGAAGGUGGACAGCGCCUAUGAGGAGAGCUCGGCCUCGGGUGCUACCACCUCAAAAUCUGGCGGAGGAGGAGAAGCAUCUCUCAGCAUUGAAGAGACCAACAAGCUGAGGGCCAAACUGGGCCUAAAACCACUGGAGCUCAAUGAGAGCAAGAAAGAGACAGGUACCAAGGAGGAACCUGUAGUUGCGGAGGUGAUAAACCCCAGCGUGAUCAAGCAGCAGAAGGAGAUGAGGGAGAAGUUGGCCGCCCUCAAGGAGAAGCGUCUCCUGAACCAGAAACUGGGGAUGGUGAAGACACUGGGAGAGGAAGAUGAUGCCUGGCUGGACGACACUGCAGCCUGGGUGGAGAGGAGUCGCAAACUGGCCCGAGAGAAAGAGAUGGCUGAAAAAAGGGCCAAGCUGUUGGAGGAGAUGGAUGAGGAGUUUGGCGUGAGCAACCUGGUCGAGCAGGAGUUUGUACAAGCCAGACAGGCAGCCUACACUGCAAAGGACCUGAAAGGACUCACAGUACAGCACCAAAUAGACUCCUUCCAGGAGGGAGAGACUGUUAUCCUCACUCUUGAAGACAAAGGAGUUCUCGACGAGAAGGAGGAUGUCCUGGUGAAUGUGGGGCUCGUGGACAGAGAGAAGGCGGAGAAGAAUGUAGAGCUGAAAAAGAAAAAGCCUGAUUAUAUGCCCUACGAAGAGGAGAGUGUGGAUGACAUGGUUACGUUCAAGUCGCGGUCCGUGUUGUCCAAGUACGACGAGGAGAUCGAGGGAGAAAAGAAGAAAAGUUUUCGUCUGAAUGAGGGCGGUUGCGCAGAUGGGGAGCGAGAGCGUGAGCUGCAUGCCAUCCGUGAAACGCUGCGGAACCAGGCACAGAGCCUGGAGGUGCCCACCCUCACCUUGGCCUCUGAGUACUACACGCCGCAGGAGAUGGUGAGCUUCAAGAAGACGAAGCGACGCGUAAAGGUCAGGAAGAAGGAAAAGGCCGUGAAGGUGGAGGACCUCGUCGAUGACACUCGCAACUCUGACUUUGGCUCCAGGGCCCGUGGCCGAGGCCUGCGGAAGGUUGAGGAGGAGGGACAGGACAACAAACAGGAGAAUCUUCCGGAAGCAAAUGCGCAGAGUGAUGUGAUCCAGAAAUCGGAUGACAACCGGGUGGAAGACAUGGAAAUCAGCGAUGAUGAUGAGGAUGCCCCCACAGUGGACUCGGUGGCUCUGGAGGAGGACGAGGUUGAGCAGGAGCUGCAGAAACAGCUGGAGAAGCAGCGCAAGCUGAGGCAGAAGCAGCUCCUGCGGGAUUCUGGGGAGAAGGUGGCUGAGCAGAUCAAACGCCUCGGAGGGGAAGGCAGAGAUGGGGACGGGGACGACGACCCUGAAGGGAGGAGCAACAUAGUUUUUAAUGCCACCUCUGAGUUCUGCCGCACACUGGGGGACAUUCCCACCUACGGACUGUCGGGAAAUCGUGAGGACCGUGAGGAAAUCAUGGACUUUGAACAAGAGGAGGAGAAGGAGGGUGCUGGUGGGUCCGACUCAGAGAUGGAUGAGAACAUGGGCUGGAGCACGGUGAACCUGGAUGAGGAGCAGAAACAACCAGAUUUCUCUGCAGCCUCCACCACUAUUCUUGACGAAGAGCCGAUUGUCAACUCAGGCCUGGCAGCUGCUUUGCAGCUAUGCAAGAAUAAAGGCCUGUUGGAUACUCAAAUGCAGAAAGUGGCUCGGGUUCGAGCCCCAAAAGGCACCUUGCACAAUGAAAAUUAUUGCAUUGAAGAUAAGAUGACCAUAGAUGACAAAUACAGCAGGAGGGAAGAGUACAGAGGUUUUACACAGGAGUUCAAGGAGAAGGAGAGCUACAAGCCGGAUGUGAAGAUCGAGUACGUGGAUGACACUGGACGCAAACUCACCCCCAAAGAGGCUUUCCGGCAGCUCUCACACCGCUUCCAUGGGAAGGGCUCUGGCAAGAUGAAGACUGAGAAGAGGAUGAAGAAGCUGGAGGAGGAAGCGCUGCUGAAAAAGAUGAGCAGCAGUGACACUCCCCUGGGCACCGUGGCCCUACUGCAGGAGAAGCAGAAGUCCCAGAAGACACCCUACAUUGUACUGAGUGGCAGCGGCAAGAGCAUGAACGCAAACACCAUCACCAAAUAGACCUGAUCGAGGGAGGGACCAGAGAUGUGUGCGUGUGUUUUUUCUUUUCUUUUUUUUUUUUUUUUUAAAAACAAAAAGGUUUAAUAUACCUACAUGCUACAUCACUGUAAGUGGUUUUUAGAAGCUUUCAUUAGAUUUGUGUUUAGAAUGUCAGCAGUUCUGAUGGACAUUAAAAAAACUUUAAUGUA